AUGCAGGCGGACUUGCUUGAUGAAGAAAAGCUAGAAGAAAUCAAAGAAGCAUUCAGUAUGUUCGAUCUUGAAGACAAAGGAACCAUUCCUUUGAAGGAACUGGGCACGUUGUUACGAGCUGUCGGAGAGCAGCCCACAGAGGCAGAACUGGAGGACAUGAUUCUACAGAUCAACGCCAUAUCAAAUCCCGUGCCUCCACCUGACCCAAAGCCAGCUGGGGCGGAAGGUGAGGACGGAGAACCUACUGAAGUACCGGAAGGGGAAUCGGAGGAACCCAAACCACCAAAAUCAGCAGUUAAAGCUAGUGAAGUGACAGGCACACUAGAUAUGAAGUCAUUUCUAAGUGUAUGUGGAAAGAGACUGAGUAGGGAACAAGACAAGGAAGCAGUGUUACGGAGUGCAUUUAUGAUGAUUGACAAGGAAGGUACGGGGACGAUCAGUGCUGCCGCCCUGCGGCAUAUCAUGGUAACUCUCGGAGAAAAGCUUGACGACGAAGAAGCUGACGAUAUGGUUAACGAAGCAGAUACGGACCAUGAUGGGCAGAUCAAUUGGGAAGAAUUCUGCGAGAUUUUACUAGACAUGGAGAAAUGAAUUAUUCGGAUAUAUGACACAAAAUUCUGCAGAUGGAUUUUCCCUACAAUUUUCAUCUGUUGUAAUCCUAUCUUUUAUAAUCGGGAUACAGUAACUGUGCGGAAAUGUAAAACCUACAUACUGACCACUUUGAUAAACAGAAAUGACAGUGAAGCGGACCAUCAUUUGGAACAGCACAGUUGGAAAUUACGUCACCAGGAGAAUUCAGUGUUGUAUAUACAAGCAGGCAGAGGUUACAUCGGACAUUGAGAAUCAUAAAAUGACUAUUCCGCUGCCUUCAGACACAGA